CGCCCCGUCCGGCCGCGGAGUCCCUCCCUCUGCUACCCCAGUGCCCCGGACCCCCGGUGCCCCUGCUUUAUUAUCUGCUUGCUGGGUCCGACCAUGGGCCCCACCGCCCGCCCUGCGCUGAGGUCGCCUUCGCCACCUCCUCCGCCGCCGCCGUCGCCGUUGUUGCUGCUGUUGCCCCUGCUGCCGCUCUGGCUCGGCCUGGCAGGGCCCGGGGCCGCGGCGGACGGCAGCGAGCCCGCGACUGGUGCGGGGCGUGGAGGGGCCCGUGCCGUGCGGGUGGACGUGAGGCUUCCGCGGCAGGACGCUCUGGUCCUGGAGGGCGUCAGGAUCGGCCCCGAGGCCGACCCGGCGCCCCCGCUGGGUGGCCGUCUGCUGCUGAUGGACAUCGUGGAUGCUGAGAAGGAGGUGCCGGUAGAAGACUGGAUUGCAGUGGCAUACGUGGGCAAGGAGCAGGAGGCCCAGUUCCACCAGGAGAGUCAGAGCAGUGGCCCACAGGCCUAUCCCAAGGCCCUGGUCCAGCAGAUGCGGAGGGCACUCUUCCUGGGAGCCUCUGCCCUGCUUCUCCUCAUCUUGAACCACAACGUGGUCCGAGAGCUAGACAUAUCCCAGCUUCUGCUCAGGCCGGUGAUCGUCCUGCAUUAUUCUUCCAAUGUCACCAAGCUGCUGGAGGCACUGCUGCAGAGGACUCAGGCCUCAGCUGAGAUCACCAGUGGGGAGUCCCUGUCAGCCAACAUUGAGUGGAAGCUGACACUGUGGACCACGUGUGGCCUCUCUAAGGAUGGCUAUGGAGGAUGGCAGGACUUGGUGUGCCUGGGUGGCAGCCGGGCCCAGGAGCAGAAGCCCCUGCAGCAGCUGUGGAACGCCAUCCUGCUGGUGGCCAUGCUCCUGUGCACAGGCCUCGUGGUCCAGGCCCAGCGGCAGGCGUCACGACAGAGCCAGAGGGAGCCCGGAGGCCAGGUGGACCUGCUCAACCGCCGUGUGUUGCAAAAACUGGCAUCCCUCAAGACCCGGCGCUGCCGGUUGGGGAGGGCGGCACAGUGUCCCCCGGAGCCUGGUGCUGAGACCUGCGCUGUGUGCUUGGACUACUUUUGUAACAAGCAGUGGCUCCGGGUGCUGCCCUGUAAGCACGAGUUUCACCGGGACUGCGUGGACCCCUGGCUGAUGCUCCAGCAGACCUGCCCACUGUGCAAAUUCAACGUCCUGGGUGAGCAUCAGGGGUGGGGGCCCUCGGCUGGCUCCAUCUGGUCCCCACCUGACACCUCCCUCCCUAUUGUUUUUCCUCCUCCCUGCAGGAAACAGCUACUCAGAUGAUUAGCUGCCCCAGCUGGUUUCUACACAUGGAGAUCGGACCCCUCCUGCCUGUGCUCUGGCUCUCGGCCUGAGCUCUUGGGACAGGAUAGCUGCUCCUCUGUGGGUGGGAGGAAGGAUAGGGGCUUCCCCACCACUUCCACUCUGGGAAGGAGGUGCCACCUCCCCCAGGCAGAGGAUGCAAAGCCCAGACCUGCUGGGAAGUGAGGAAGAGAGGCCCUUUGGGGCUCUUUUGUACAGUCCUGAGGUGUGUGUCUGCCUUCUGUGAAGGCAGCCCCCGGACCCUGGGCAGGGGCCUGGGGAAAGCAGGUGUGAGCAGCACGGCUGCUCCCAAGGCUCUGGACACUCUCUGGCCUGCCUGUCAGGACUCCCUGGGGGCUGAGGCUGCAGUGGCCAGUUUUGUGCUUAUUUAUUGGGGGAAAGUGUGGGGACGGAACUGUCUGGCCUCAGGGGCAUCCUGGCCUGACCAUCUUUCAGGACACAUCUUGGUCAAGGCUGGGAUGUUAGACUCAGAGGCCUGCUACCCUUGGUCUUGGACACUAGGAUCCACGUGUCCCACUGCCUGUCCAGCUGGGAUCUCUUCCUGGCCUGGUUGAGACCAGAGGCCUUAGAAACCAUCCAGUCCUGUGCUUCUCAGUGGGGCGAUGGGUUGCUGACCAGGAUACUUGAAGCUACAGGAUAAAUGAGGUGCAUCUUCCAAAGGCAUCCACUUUUUUUU